CUCUCGCUCAUUCCAAGUGCGGAGCUGCUGGAAUAUUUAGCAACUAUCUCGGGAUACGGUCUAUAUAUAUAUAAUUAUAUAUAUAUAUUUCACCCCUCCGAUCCCGGUGCUGUGGUAUGAGGAUCGGGAUAGCGUUUGGCCAGCCAAACACAGGACUUGUUGAGUUCUCCUUGAGGUCAGGGUGAUGCCGCGGGCACCGCCCUCGUUGUGAUCUUCGUCAGCGACCCCACAGGAAAACUGCAGACAAACAAAAUGACGACGACGUCGCCCACCCACAGUGACGGCAGCGGCUCGUCCAAACUCGACGGCGAGCGCUCAAGUGCACAGGACAGCUGGGAGAUUGUGGAGGGCCUGAGGGGAGGGCCAGCCAACAUCCAGGAGCCGGAGAGCCAGGAGGGCUACCUGCUGAAGAGAAGGAAAUGGCCCAUGAAAGGAUGGCACAAGAGGUACUUUGUUCUGGAGAAAGGCAUUCUGAAGUAUUCAAAGCGGGAAGCGGAUCUGAGGAAGGGAAAGCUGCACGGCUGCAUCGACGCCGGUCUGUCCGUCAUGACGAUCAAGAAGAAGGCCAUGUGCAUCGAUCUGGACACAGAGGACAACAUCUAUCACCUGAAGGUCAAGUCCCCCGAGCUGUUCGAGGAGUGGGUGGGAAAGCUCCGCAACCACCGCGUGUUCCGUCAGAACGAGAUCGCCAUGUACCCCCACGAGAGGCACCUGUUCCACCCCCACACCUCGCCCUCGGCCUCCCUCAACGACUCCAUGAGGAAGAGGGCCACACUCACCAAGCAGGCGUCCGUUCACCAGGCAAAGCUCAGUGCCUGGCUCCACACCUCGGAGGACAUGGAAAACUGCUGCAGAGACUUGGAGGAAUGUGGGUCCUACCUGUUGGAACUCAACCUGCUGCUGAAGAGCAUGGAAGUCCUUCACCGCACGUACUCCGCCCCAGCCAUAAGUGCACUACAGGCUUCGACGUACGACAUCCCAAAGAAGGAGAAACGGCCGAGAAGAUGGCGCUCCAAGAACAGCGGCAAGGAAGGCAAAACCUCCCUGCAGGUCCCCAGCUGCAUCUCCUCCAAGAACCCUCGCCUCCACGCCUCCAACCCCAACCUGUCCACCGCCGAGCCCGUGUCCCCCGACGCCUUCCCCGAGUCCCCGGACUCGCCUACCGACGCCAACCGGCUACAGGAGGACUUCUGCAGGCUGGCCAACAACAUCCACACCACGCUGAAGUCGGCCUUCAGCUCCCUGUCGAUGGAAAAAGACCGUGUGAGGCACACCGUGGACCUGACAGCUCCUCAGUUGCAACAGGUUUUAGGCCUCAAGACUGCCUACUCCGGGGACUGCCCAGACACGUCCCGCCCCCUCGUCCACCAGGCUUCCAAUGACAGCAAAACUUCCAUCACGGAUUCCAUGUCCGAGUUCUUCGACGCCCAUGAGUACUUCCUCUCGUCUUCUUCCUCUGAGAACGAGGCAUCGGAUGACGAUUCCUACAUCAGCGAUGUCAGCGACAGUGUCUCCAUGGAUACCUACAGCAACGAGGGGGGCAACGAAAGGCAAACCUUAGACGGCGUCUACUCUUCCUCGGAGCCCCUGGUGCGUCGGCGCUCCACGCUGCCGUCGCCCAGCCCGGGCUGCGGCGGCGUGAGCGUGUGGAACAUCCUGCGCAACAACAUCGGCAAGGACCUGUCCAAGGUGGCCAUGCCCGUGCAGCUCAACGAGCCAAUCAACACGCUGCAGCGGCUCUGUGAGGAGCUGGAGUACAGCGAGCUGCUGGACACGGCCAGCCACACCCAGGACCCCCACCAGCGCAUGGUUUACGUGGCUACGUUUGCGGUGUCUGCUUACGCGUCCAGCUACCACCGGGCGGGCAGCAAGCCCUUCAACCCCGUUCUGGGAGAGACCUACGAGUGCUCCAGGACCGACAAGGGCUUCCGCUUCAUCGCUGAGCAGGUGAGUCAUCACCCACCUGUUUCCGCGUGUCACUGCGACUCAAAGAACUUCACCUUUAGCCAAGAUAUGCGCUGGAAGAACAAGUUCUGGGGGAAAUCCAUGGAGAUAGUUCCCAUGGGAACCACACAUGUCACCCUACCUGCGUUUGGGGACCACUACGAGUGGAACAAAGUGACCUCCUGCAUCCACAACAUCCUGAGUGGCCAGCGGUGGAUCGAGCACUACGGGGAGAUGACCGUACGCAACCUCAACAGCGACGGCUGCCAGUGCAAAGUCACCUUCGUCAAGGCAAAGUCGUGGAGCUCGACCGUGAACGAGAUUGAAGGCGUGGUGACGGACGCGGAUGGGAGGGUUGUACACUCCAUAUUUGGCAAGUGGCAUGACAGCCUCUACCAAGGGGACCCGCCCAUGUCCACUUGCAUCUGGAGAGCAAACCCCAUGCCCCUGGCCCACGAGCAGUACUACGGCUUCACCAAGUUUGCGGUGGAGCUGAACGAGCUGGCCCCCGACCUGAGGGCCCUCCUGCCCCCCACGGACACCCGCUUCAGGCCUGACCAGCGGAUGUUGGAGGAGGGUAACGUGGAUGGUGCUGAGGAGCAGAAGCAGCGUCUGGAGCAGCUGCAGCGAGAGAGGAGACAGGUUCUGCAGGAUAACAACUUGACUCACAAGCCACGCUUCUUCAGAAAGUCAAAGGACGACGCUUGGGUGACCGACAACACGUACUGGGAGCAGCGGCGGGACCCUGGCUUCUCCAAGAUGGACUUUGCCCCUCUGUGGUGAUGAGAGGGGGGGGGGGGGGCUGGCUUCUGUCCUUCUCGUGCCCCAUGCGUGGGCAUCUCAGUCCUCCCGCUGCAACACUGAGGAGGAAGGACGCCACGGACCAGUUGACCUGCUCCUGGAGGAUGCCGAGAUGCUUAGAACUCUCCUGGAGUCAUGGUGACCGUGACCAAUUAUGGAUUUCCUACUUCCUGUUUGUUUUUUUUGUUUUUUUCUCUCUCUUCUGGACCAAAACUGAACAGGAUGGUGACGGCUGCUUCAUAUUUCACUCUCGCACUGCUGUAUUAAAUUAUGUUGAUCAAGAACUUUAGGGUACGGUUGAUCACCCUAUUUCUUUUUUUUUUUCCCACCUCAUCGGAAGGUGUAUUCUGAUUUGACAAGUGAGCUAUUAGUGUUGCUAAUGCAUAUAAUGCAUAGUCCUAUUUAAUCUAUACACACACACCCACACACGUAUCACAAUCGUGCCUUUUUAAGAUAAUGCUGUUCUCAAACAACUGCUGUAGCAGUUAUAUACGCAGAUACACACACACACACACACACACACACACACACACACACACACACACACACACACACACACACCACUAACACACUUAUGAUUGCCAUUUGAGGCAGACUACUUGAUGAUAUUAUCAAAUCAGAUUUCCAGAUUCAUUCUGUUUGGUGGAAAACAAAAUGUUUGAUGGCCUCAAAGGUGAAACUUGGAUUUGUUCAUCCUAUUGGUGUUGGGACUACAUGAACUCAAACUACAACCAUGAUGCUGCCUUCUCGCCAUCAGUCAUUACCUUAGUAAUAGUGUUCCGCAGUUGAGGGGGAAAAUAAUGCAAUAAUACUUUGUCUGAAGGGAAUAAAAUGUUAAUGGGUUGAACAAA